CCUUUCACCAACUUUCUCCGGUUUUACAUUCUGCCCCCUGUUUUCCUUCUUUUAUAAUCGAUAUAUACACGUUUACAUACACAUACACAACCUCUGCUCUUGCUUUGUUUCGAUAAUGGCGACGGCCGCUGGAUUGAUCGGAGGAAAUGCAUCUUCUUCUUCUUCUUCUUCUUCUUGGAUCCACUUCAAGGUCAAAAAGAAUAAGAACAACAAGCCAAAUAGGGUAACUAUCUCUUGUUCGUCUUCUUCUCUCAUCGAUCCUUACAAGACUCUCAGGAUCCGACCCGGUGCUUCUGAAUACGAGGUCAAGAAAGCUUUUAGGCAACUUGCCUUGCAGUAUCAUCCUGAUGUGUGCAGAGGAAGCAAUUGCGGGGUUCAGUUUCAGACGAUUAAUGAAGCGUAUGAUAUUGUGAUGAGCAGCUUGAGAGGUGAAACAGAUGAAACAGAGAUGAUGUAUGAUGAUGGAGAUGAGUCCAUGAGAGGAAUGAAUGAUCCAGAUUGGGAAUUGUGGGAAGAGUGGAUGGGAUGGGAAGGAGCUGGAAUCAGAGACUACACAUCCCACAUUAAUCCAUACAUAUGAUUCUCCUUUUUUUUUAACUAUGAUUCUUUACCUUUUUAAAAAAAAAAGUGAUUUGGAUAAGGAGAUGAUGAGAGGACACAUCUGCAACAAUCAUUCAUCUUUGUAAAUAUGAUGAUGAUGAAAGGCUGGGAUGUCCAUGGAAAUCUUCUAAUCAUCUUCUCUCCCUCCUGUCUAAUUUGUAAUUCUGUAUAUAUAUGAUUUUAAGUUAAAUGAUAAUAUGGUGUAUCUCAACUCAAGAUUAAAUCAAUUAUGUUAUGUGCUUAUCAGAAA